AUGCUCACGUACUAUCCCGUGUGGGACAUAUCGUUCGACGUCGCAUUCAUCUUCACCAUUGGCAGUGUCGUGUGGGUUAUAAACGCGUUUUUCGUCUGGCUGCCUCUCCAGCGGCCAGACACCGAGUUCGCGACCGAGGAGCUGUACGGGGGAGGCAUCACGGCGUUUGUUGGCGCGACAAUCUUCGUGGUUGGCUCUUUCUUGCUCAUGGCCGAGGCGGUGAAUGAGAACCGUUCGGCGUGCUUUGGCUGGGCGCUCGAGUCCGCCCUCUCGCACGAAGUGAGUGGUAAGAACGGCGUGGGACUCCUGCCGUCGACGGCGACAUGCACACACCACCACAUAGACAAGAGCCAUAUCAUUGGCAACAGCAACAGCAACACCACCAGCCACAAAACCGAGCUGAAGGACCCCUCAUCGCAGCCCAAUGUAGACGCACCCAAGUCAUGGACAUGGUGGCCAUCCCACCAAGAACUAACCACGCACUACCUCCACUCCUUCAGCUUCCUCGCCUCCCUCGCCCAACUCAUCGGCGCAUGCAUAUUCUGGGUCGCCGGCCUGACAGCCCUCCCAGGCAUCUACAACCACAUGUCGCGCCCCAUAACCAUCAUCUUCUACUGGACCCCGCAAGUCGUCGGCGGCUGCGGCUUCAUCAUCUCCGGCACCCUCUUCAUGCUCGAAACCCAGUCCAAGUGGUGGAAACCCGCGUUUGGCACGCUGGGCUGGUGGAUCGGCGCAUGGAACCUCAUUGGCGGUAUUGGCUUCACUGUUUCCCCGGCUUUUGGGUACGAUCAGAGGAGUUGGGCGCAGUAUCAGGCGUGUUUGAGCACGUUUUGGGCGAGUUGGGCGUUUUUGAUUGGGAGUGUUGUGCAGUGGUAUGAGAGUUUGGAGAAGUUUCCUGUGGGUGUGGGGAAGGUUUGA